AUGAACAAAGAUCACCAACAGACCUUUCUCUGUCGGGCUUUAUGUGAUGAUGAUAAUGCGGAGAGUAUUGAAGAAAGAGUUAAAAUAAUUUUAUAUUUAUUUAUGGAACAUCAUGAAUCAUCACACAUUGGCAAUACAGAUCUCGACUUGUAUUUCAACAAAUUAAAAGAAAAUUUUAUGAUGAAAAAUCGGAAGAUAAAAAAGGGCUUUUCAACGAAUUUUGAAAUCAAUCCCUCGAAACCAUUGUGUGUUUCUGAACCUCAUGAAGAAUUCUACUGUGCAAAACAGGUUGAAAUUUCAUAUCAUCAUGGUUAUAUUUUAGUGUGCGUGUAUGAUUAUUAUUAUUAUCAACAUGAUCUCAUACAAGUAUUUGAUUUGUAUACACGAAAAUUCAAACAGAGGAUUCUUUUUGAAGCUGAGACAGAUGGAUUUAUUCAUUUUAGAAUUGAAGAGAAUUUUGAUGGAAAACAAAACGAUGCCAUUGUCAUUGUAGAUUCAUAUCCCACUAAUAUUUCCAAAUAUUCAUUGAAAACUUUAUUGAAAUGUAAAAAUACUCAUGAUUUACGAAAUAAUAGCAUUUAG